AUGCCACCUUUGCCCAGGCAAGAAACAGAGCUACACCUCUGUCCCAAUGUCUCACUGGAAAGCGACAGUGACAAUGAAUCUUCAGAGUCUACCGGUAGAUGGGAAGCAAGCUCUGCUGACUGUCAUUUUAGUGCGAAUGACAAGUUUAGAGAAAAUCCACAUGGCUUUAUCCAAUAUGACGUGAAUGUUAAAAGCACGAAUACAACAGAAAAGAGAACACAUCUUCAUCCUACAAUAUCCUUGCCAAUCUUAGUCUUUAUUGACAUGGUGGCCGUCUCCUUGGUUGUCCCUCUGCUAUUCCAAUACUAUCAACAGGCUGGAAUUGCCAGUGCCAAUCAGCGCGAACUGUUAGCGAGUGUGUUUUCAGCGGCACAGAUUGUGGGUGGGUUGGGAUUGGGGGCCCUGAUAGAUGCCAGGUACUUGACCCAAAAGAAUUUACUGUUCAUGUCAUUUGGAGGAUCGGCUCUGGCAUAUUCCAUGAUUGUGUAUGGUGGCUUUGGCUGGCUGAUCGCGAGUCGAGUCUUGGUUGGUUUGGUCAAACAAACCAUGACAGUCACGACUUCCAUCCUCACAAAACAUACCACUGAAGACAAUCGCACGAAACACAUGGGACGUUUGGAGUCUAGCGUAACGGCGGCUUGGGUCAUUGGACCAUCCUUGGGGGCCAUCAUGUUCAAGCAUGUGCACCCCAAGGCACCAGCACUUCUCGCUUCCGGCCUUUUUGUUGUGAAUAUCAUUUUGGCAGCCAUCUUUCUGAAAGAUAAUGACUAUACUGAUACGGAUUCGCAAACUGUCAGCAAACAAUGUGCAAACAAGACAAGAAUCGCCACCAGCAAUGCCUCGUUCUGGUCCAACCUCAAGUCAUGCUUUCGAUCAAAAUCUCUUGGUUCUGUCAUUGCUUCGCUGCUAGUCUUUUGCUGGAUCACCCGGGCCACUUCUUAUUCGGGAUUAGGAACCUACUAUGAGGACAUGUACCAAGUAGAGCCUCACGUCAAGGGAUACAUUCAGUCCUACCAACGCAUUGUGGGAUUUACCGUUCAGAGUAUUUGCGUUGGUCCCUUGCUCCAUUAUUUGGGCAGAGGUGCCAAGAGCCCUGAAGCCAGGGCAAUUUCCAUUUCGGCUCUCAUCUUGGGAGUGGCCACUCUGGCCGAACGACAGCAAUCCUUGCCAUUGUUCCUAAUGGUUCUUUCGCCACUCAUUUCGACGAGCAUGACGCUCAUGCACUUGUCGUUACGAUCGCUGUUGACCAGAGAGGCACCUAAGGAUUCCCUCUUUUCGGUAUUUGCGGCUCUGGAUGUCUUGCAAAAUGUGGCGGCUGUCACUGUUCCGUUCUACAGAACCUUUCUGUUUCGAAUAUUGAAUCAAGUGACAAGCGACGAUGAGAUAGCAGAAGCCGCCACCAUGGAGGGAGACCCCAAUCCCUUGUCUUGGGUCAUUUCAUCCUCACUUCACUGGUUGGUAGCCUGGGGCAUCAUGUCCUACUUGCUGCUGGUGCUGCCUCAACAAGUAGAGAGAAAGACUGCAAAGAACACAAAAUUGGAAUAG